AGUAUAUUCUAAUUUCUUUUGAUUCAUCUCCCGUGGAAUCUCUUAUUCCCUCUUUCCUUUCAUUACCCAAUAAAAUCGUAGAAAUCCAAUCCCAUCUCUCAUGAACAAUCAACCAAGAAAACAGUGAGCACAGUUCAGUUGCACACCUUCUCUGUGCUUCUUCUUCGAUGUUCAAUUACAAUAACACCAACUCGCUUCAUGAAACACCCCACUCCAAUUUCGCCCUGUCACAAUCGCAUCACUCAUGCAUUGGCCACUGUCACAUAACCGCGAUCGCUGGAUACGACACCCUUUCGUUCUAGGGUUUCCCCUCCACCACUAUGGCCAUCAGAGGCGUCAAUUUCAAAUGGUUCGAUGGCUUUUUCUUGUCCAUGCUCGCCACCAGCAUAGCUAUUGUGGCAAUUAAUUGGAAGCGGUAUCAAUCUUGUACUCACCCUUUGCACAUAUGGACUGUGGUUGACUACGCUGCUGUUUUCACUUUCCGGCUUUUGAUGUUUGUUGAUAACGGGCUUGCUUCGGGAAUGGGUUUAGAUUUUGGGUGGCCGCAGAGAUAUGCUCGCUUCUGUGGAAGAGUAGUUGUACUUUCAAUUCUUGCAUUGCUUCUCUAUCCAUUUCUUUGGGCUUGGACAAUAAUUGGUACCCUGUGGUUCAGCAACACUAAAAUCUGCUUGCCUGGAGGGGGCCAGAAAUGGGGCUUCCUUAUCUGGUUACUUUUUAGCUACUGUGGACUCCUCUGUAUUGCUUGCUUGGCAAUGCGGAAGUGGUUGAAACGAAGACAAGCACGCAUGUUAGGUGCUCAAGAGGGUAUCCCUGUAUCCGCAUUUGGGGUUCUAGUUGAAAUGAUCCGAGUACCUGAUUGGGCAUUUGAAGCUGCAGGUCAAGAAACAAGGAGUAUGGCCCAAGAUGCUGCAUAUCAUCCUGGACUUUACCUAACUCCAGCCCAGAGAGAAGCAGUUGAAGCUUUAAUUCAGGAACUCCCAUCGUUCAGGUUAACUGCUGUUCCUACUAAUUGCAGUGAAUGCCUCAUCUGCUUAGAAGAAUUCCAUGUAGGAAAUCAGGUCCGUGGCCUGCCCUGUGCUCACAAUUUUCAUGUUGAAUGCAUUGAUGAGUGGCUUCGGCUUAAUGUGAAUUGUCCUCGGUGCCGUUGCUCAGUAUUUCCUAAUCUUGAUCUCAGUGCUCUGUCCAAUAUCCGUUCUGAGUCUGAACAGUCUUCUGCCACUGCUGUGACAAGCAGAGAUAUGACAGGCCAAACUUCUAGUCAGAGUUACCUUCUGAGAUUACAGGGGCCUCUCCACCCAGUUUGUGUUAACUUUGCAGGGCCAGCUGGUGAGACAGACAAUGCUUUGGAAAAUGCUGAAAAUGGUGUUGUACCUGUUGUGACUCAAAAUAUGUCAACUAGAGAUCAGGCCACUUCUGGUGAACACAUGCCUGUUGGUCUUUCCUCUUCCCAAAAUUAGAUUGCUUCUCAACUCUGUUAUAUUCCUAACCCAUUCGUGAGAAGUUGCAGGUUACAUAUCAGUAUCCAGCCAUUGCCUGAAGCUUUAUAUAUGAUGUACUUUCUAACAUGAAAAUUUCUGGACUGAUUCAUAAAGAAAUGGAUCAGCUUCCUUUUUUUCUGAGGGAUCUUGUAGAAAUAAAGACUUGAAGGGUGAAAAUAUACCUUUUUUUUACUUCGCUAAGAAUAUUAUAUUGAAUAUUUUUUCCUACCCUUGUUUUUA